AUGACACGAUACUACCCGCUUUACGUGCGCCGCUCUGAUGGAAAGCUGGAGACGGUGCACGGCAAGAAGAAGGAGAAAAACGAGCCCACGCCCGAGCAGCUGAACGACAAGCCCGACUCGAACGGCGUCAGCGACUACUACCGCCCCAUCGCUGAAGAUGAGCCCAAACACUUGGAUUGGCGUCGCAAGCUGGGCGGCAUGUUGAUGCGCGAACUCGCUGGUCCUGGCUCUGAGCACCAACAUAAGGCAUGCAUGCUCGCCGCUCUUCCUGAACACUACCGACUCUUUGAGCAUAUCAAAUCGCGCGCACACGAUGGCGAUCCCCAAUCCCGCAAAGCCUCCAAAAACCAUGCAGGCGGCGGCCACGACCGUCAGGACGCAUAUCUAUACGGCCACCCCAUGGGCCGCAAGAAGCGAUUUAGAAGUCCCGCCGACUUCUUCCCACACCUGUUGUGGCUCGCCACGGAUAAAGAUGGAGACGCGAACAACUGCAGCUGCAAAGUUUGCUGCCCGGAGGAAGUGCAGGAUGAGAAACCCCCGGUCAAGAAGGAGGCUCCUCCACAACCACCCGCACAACCUGCGCACCCUACACAGCCUGCCACCCCUGCCACGCCUGCGACUUCUGCAACACCUGCAACGUCUGGCGUCGGCAGAGAUCCUUACGUUGCCAUUCAUCGACCUCGCAGCCAAUCAUCGACUCCGCAGAGCCAGCCAGUCGCUCUUAAUCGCCCGGCCUCAGCCGGCGCUCAGACACAACCUAUCGCAGCCCCCACUCAGCAAGCGCCUUCAGUACACCAGCCUCCAGCCCCGCGCACAGCAACACCGCAAAACAUUCCUCAGACACCUCCUCAGCCUGGCCCGUCUACGAUACCGCGGCUGGCUUUGCCCGAUUAUCAACUCGACGCUUCAUACCAAUCCCUUCUCUUCCGGCCUGGCGAAGUGGUAUGGAUGAGUCGCGGAGAGGCGUGGGGGUUGGGCGUGCUGAUUCGAAGAUAUCUGACGAAAUUGGCCAACAACCAAGUACAGCGUCACUACAUUGUACAGCCGCUGUCACACCCGCAUGACUUCCAGACGCCGGUGCACCUCAAUGCUGAGAACCUUCUCCGCCCCUGGCUUGCGUGGAGUGCACCUCCGCUUACUUUCGCUCACCUACAAAACCGUCGGGACGUUACGUACGAAAACGUGGAUUGGCAAGCUGCCGUCAGUGGACAGUACGGGCACGGAAACCCAGAGGUGGACGCAAGCAUACUCGCUGCCAAAGCAGUCGACAACACGUAUACCACCUUCAACCUGCUGAGCCAGCGUUCCGGCGCCGGCACCGAGGAACGUCACUGGGCGGGAAUAUUCCUCGGCGCAGAGAAGAUCUGGGUCGGCGAGCCCGUGCGGAUACACAUGGACGUACCGAACAUCGACGUGCCCACCCUAGUCGUCAUCGACAUCAUGGAGCGCGUCCAGCAGGGCCGCUCCAUCGUCACCAUCUUCGGCGACCUCUACACCUUCAUCUCGAGCCUGCCCGCCACCCAGCCCGUGCCCUCGGUCGAUCACCUCCCCGCCCGCAUGGUGCUCGACCUGCGCUACCGCAACCAAGUCUCGUCCAAGCUCGGCCAAAAGGGCACCUGGAAGCUGCUCCGCCCCAUGCACCAGGUCCCCGUCCAGCACGUCAAGGGCCGCUGGUACGAGAGCAGCAGCCUGCUGCCCAUCAUCCUCGGCGACAAGGAAUACGACGGCAGCAUCCGCGCCGGCAACCUGCAGGACGCCUCGCACUGGAUCAACGCCCGCAACGACAGCAACGACGCCAACGCCCUCGGCGUCCGCCACAACCAGCGCAGAGACGCCCUCGGCCGCGCCGUCCCCCCCGCCGUCCACAUCUCCGACAGCCUGGAGCCCCCCUCCCCGGACGAGCUGCGGGCCAUCACCGCGCCCGCCCCGCCGCCCCAACAGCAGCAGCAGCAGCAGGCUACCGACCCGGCGCUCAUGGCCGAUGCUGCGGGCUUCGCCGGCAUCGCCGCCGUCGGCGAUGUCGUCGGCGAUUUUAUGAAUUUGGAUGGCGAUUUCAUCGCGGGCGCUGCUGGCGUUGGCGGUGGUGCGCAGGGAAAUGCGCAUGGUGGUGCGGGCGGGAGCGGUUGGGGCAUGUAG